GAACUGCUGAAAGAUCCAAAUGCACUGGGCGGAAGAUCAGAGAUCAGAGGUUCAUCCUAGCUAGCUAGCUAGUAGCUGUCUGUUGAUCUGAGCAAGAAGUCAAGUGUAUCCCUUGCUUCUUCAUUCAAUAGUACGCUGCUGAAGCCCGGCAUCAUUCAGACACGUCAAUACUACCGUAGCUAGCUAGCUAGUAUUAAUACUGUACAUGCAGCAUCCUGCUCAUUAAUUUUAUUCUUCUUGGCGGAUACAGUACAAUUCCUGAGAGUGUACUACAGGGUAGUAUUCUAUUCUAUGCUUUGCCUUGCAGUAGACCUUGCGUCAAGCUCUCUGGGAUCCAUGGGAACUUUCAAAAUUAAUUGGAACUUGCAGCCACAUGUACAUGGCACUGGCUUUGCUUGUCUCAAACCGUGCGGAAGCAAAUUGAUUGCAUGAGUUCCUUGCUUCAUUAUUGCUUCAUUAUUGUUUUGUUUUGCUUUUGUUUUGUUUCGUUCAUCCUUCUGUAAAGGUUUUGUUUUCAAGUGAAGUAAGUUAUAGUUAUAACCAUGCCCGAUUCGACAGUGGAAGUCGCUGUCGCCUCGUUGGAGGACACCAUGAACACUCCCAAGCCUCCCGAUACUGCGGGGGUCGAAGAACGAGAGGCCGAGCUCCAGACUCAAUUGGAAGAACGUCAUGUACCCUCCUGCCACGAACGCUGGAUUGGAGACUACAAGUACGGCUUGUUUUGCAAGCCUCGCUUGAAUCCGUACAGCAAGGCAGGACAAGUGCAAAUGCCCUUUUAUGGAAGGGAUGCCAACUUGCCCUUUUUGGUGGCUGGGCUGCUGGGAUUUCAGCACUCACUGGCCGUGAUUGGGGGUGCUAUUACCCCCGGAACCAUUAUUGGAAACUUGGAUCCCUCCGGCGAAGCAGGGUCCUACAUUGUCUCCUACUCGUUGAUUAUGAGCGGCAUUUGCACCUGGAUACAAGUCCUUCAUACUCCCAUUCCCAGGACCAAGUACUACGUGGGUUCCGGUCUGCUCUGUGUCAUUGCCACCUCCUUUGCCUUUCUCGGCACGGUGCUUCAGUCCAUCACCAAUCAAAUGGACCGAGGCGUAGACUUUGAUACGGCCUACGGAAACCUAUUGGGAACCUUUUUAUUGGGAGCUGUUUGCCAAUCGGCCAUUGGAUUCAUUCCCGGUCCCACGCUGCAAAGGAUCUUGCCGCCUUGGAUUUCAGGCCUUGCCGUUUUCUUGAUUGGGGUCUCUUUGAUUGGAGUUGGAGUCCAGGCAUGGGGAGGCGGCGCAGUUUGCUACGGCAACAUGGGCGGCCCGUGCGUGCAAGUGGGAGACUCAAACUUACCCUAUGGAUCCGCCGAGUACAUUGGCCUUGGCUUUCUCGUCAUGUGCACCAUUGUUAUCAUUGAAUUGUUCGGGAGCGUCUUUAUGCGCAGUUGCUCCUUUGCUAUUGCCUUGCUCUUUGGAUACUUGAUUGCCGCCAUUACAACGGACCGCAAUGGCGAUGGAUACACUAACCGCGACGCAAUACAAGAGGCUCCCGUCGUGCUCUUUCUUUGGACCAAGACAUUCCCCAUUGGCUUUUACCCUCCUGCGGUUAUACCAGUGCUCAUCGGGUUCUUGGUGUCCAGCAUUGAAACUUAUGGCGACACGUCCGCUACCGCUGCUGCUUCAGGACUCAAACCACGCACAAUCGAGAUGGACGAAGCCAUUCAGGGUGGAUUGCUCGGGGAUGCCUUGAACUCAUUCCUUUCCGCCUUGGCCAUGAUCCCACCUUCCACCACACUCUCGCAGAACAUUGGCAUCAUUGCUAUUACCAAGGUCGCUGCUCGUUCCGCAGGAUUGGGGUGUGGUAUUUUCAUGUUCAUGUACGGGGUAUUUGGCAAGGUCGGAGCCUUCUUUACCAGCAUCCCACAGCCUGUUUUGGGUGGAAUGACCACAUUUCUAUUUGCUAACAUGACCAUUAGUGGAAUAAAGGUCAUGACCAGCGAAAAGAUUGACCGUCGGGAACGGUUCAUUCUCGCUUGUGCUGCUUCGCUGGGAUUGGGAACGAUUGUUGUCCCCCAGUGGUUCACGUCCAGCUUUUUGGACUGCAAUGCCAUCGAGAGCAAUGGCGUCCAGGGUCUUUGUGAUGCUGCCGUGAUUACUUUGACCAACGGUUACGCGAUUGGUUCUAUUGUUGCCUUAAUUUUGAACCUCAUCCUUCCCAGUGACGAUGAAGACGACACGGAAAUAGAACCGGGUCAGCAUCCCGACGGUACCGGUACACGUACCUCGAAGCAAUUGAAUGGAAGCGACAUAGAGGCCGAGGAGGUGAAGCCAUUGAAACAGAUGGAAGAAGAAGAGAAUGGUGCGGAGAUGGUAGAGAUCGGUGAUGCCGGAAUCGAAAAGCCAUUGGUGGGUCAACCAAUCAACGAUGUUUCCGCUUGAGGCAUUGAUGCCUUGAGUUUUAGGAAUUGAAAAUGAAGAGGAGGAGGAAUUUUGUCAGUGAAUACAUGUGUAAACUGUAUGUACCGGUAGCUACAUGUACACCUUGUGAGUGAUACCUACAUGUAAUUGAAGAGGAGCGAAGGGAGGAUCAAGGUGGACUAGCUAUAAUAUUCUGUUUAGCACAGUACGGCCAUACCAAAUAGUACCGGUACAGUCGUACUGCAUCGUGC